UUCUUCUUCUUUUUUUUCUUUUUUUCUUUUUUCCGUCUUUGAAAUUGUUUGAUACUUUGACUGAUAGAUGUGGGUUCCUUGUAAAGAAUGGGAGAUAAGAUAAGCUAAACUACCCAAAAACCAUACCUUCAAAUUCCUCAACAAAUGCAUUUCAAUCUAAAAAACUCAGCACUUCUGUAAUAGCCAUGUCCGACAAAGAAGAUGAACAGGCCAUUCCAUUGCUUUUAGAUACUCCACCAUCAUCAUCUUCUGUACAGCCGAAUGGGCCACUGAUAAGAACAGGAGAAAAGAGCAUGUGGGUGUGUGGAGCUUUGGUUCAAGAGAGCUAUUAUGGAUAUGGGGUUGCCUACACAAUAACAGCUGCCAUCAGUAUGAGAGCAAUUCAGAAAUCAAACUGUUAUCACAAGGAAGGGUACAAUGCUCCAUGAGAAUAUGGAGACAGUCUAUAUAUGUUGCUAUUUGGAGCAGUUCUGGUUAUUUUCUCUCA